AAAAAAUCCUCCCACCCAACUACCCAUCCAUCUAUCCCAUUCCCAUCUCUCUCCCCUCCCCACAUCACCCCAUCUAUGUCUAUGUGCAUCAGCUUGCUACACCUACCUAUAGCCGUGCUCUGUUUCUUGCACACGCGCGCGCGCACACACAGACACACUGACACACCUAACCCUUUCAUUCGCUCGCCUCAUUGCACUGCACCUCCCCUACCAUACUACCACCACCCGUAAAUUCGUAUACGCUUGCUUCCUUCUCCUGCCAUCUUGGCAGGAUCCCUCCCUCCCCUUUGAUAAGUGAUCGAGCAAGCGCCAAGCACUACCACCGGCAGCAGCAACAGGCACAGAUAGUAGCAAGCACGUCUACGCGCUGCGCGCCUAUGUCGUCGGGCGAGUUCCACUUCCACGACGAGCUCGCGUCGCUGUUCGCGCAGCGGCCGGCGCCGGGCGAGAUGACGAUGCUGCAUCAGCAGGCGCCGGCGUCUUUGUUCGCCGACUACCUGCAGGCCGGCACACCCGGCAUGGCGACGGACUACGACCUGCUGUGCCGCGAGCUGGACCUGCCGGUGGUGGAGGACCUCGUCAAGAGGGAGCUGGUGGUGGACACGGGGGGAGGCGGCGCCGCACGGACGCCCAGCGGGGGCGGCACGGUGCCGUUGACGCCCAACACGACGUCGUCUAUGUCAUCGUCGUCGAGCGAGGCGGCGGGCGGGGGAGGAGGACUCGGCGGCGGCGGCUUCGGCGCCGGGGAGGAGGACUCGGCGGGGAGGUGCAAGAAGGAGGAGGGCGAGGGGGAGGAGAGCAAGGAGUUCGGCAAGGGGGAGGAGGACGGUGACAAGAGCAAGAAAGGGGCCUCGGCGGCGAAGGGCAAGGGGAAGGGCGAGAAGCGGCAGCGGCAGCCGCGGUUCGCGUUCAGGACCAAGAGCGAGGUCGAUCACCUCGAGGACGGCUACCGGUGGCGCAAGUACGGCCAGAAGGCCGUCAAGAACAGCCCAUACCCCAGGAGCUACUACCGGUGCACGACGCAGAAGUGCCCGGUGAAGAAGCGGGUGGAGCGGUCGUACCAGGACCCCGCGGUGGUGAUCACCACGUACGAGGGCAAGCACACGCACCCCAUCCCGGCCACGCUCCGCGGCAGCACCCACCUCGCCGCGCACGGCCUGCACCACCACCUCGGCGCCUUCCCGCCGCCGCAGAUGGGCGCGCCGUUCGGGCGGGCCGGUGGCGGCGGCAUCGACGUGCUGGGCCUUCUGCAGCCGCGCGGCGCCCCCCACCAUGCAGUGACGCCGGCGAUGAGCCACGCGUCGUCCCACAGCCUGGCCGGUCCGAUGGGUAGCAGUGUGGCGACCGCGACCACAAGCACCUCAUCGUCUCCUCCGUCGCUCCAGAUGCAGCACUUCAUGGCGCAGGACUUUGGGCUCCUGCAGGACAUGCUGCCUUCCUUCGUUCACAUCAACGGCCGCAACAUCCAGCCCUGAAUGAUCAUCGCCACAAGCAAUCUAAUGAAUGAAUGAAGCUAGAUAAGAGAUAGUAAUCUAGUUCUUGUUAAUGCUUAACCUCUUAUCAUUUUUUUUCGCCGAUCGAUUUACUCUAGAUUGGUUCUUGAUUUGUUUUUCUACCGUGCUACGAGAUGCAUGGUGUUUUCUGGCGCCGGGUCUCGUUCCAUUUCUGUGAUCUAGCAGCUAGUCCUUGGUAGCACUAGCGGUCUUGUACAUGUACCUAAUCGAUCCCCAGAUCAUGCAUUGCACUCUAUGUGCUGCAAUUCUGACCAUGAGCUAUGAUAAUUUUAUGCUCCUGAUCUUUGCAUUCCU